AGCUAUGAAAAACUACAAAUCAUUAGACGCACACAAAUUCUUUGUGGCUGGAUGGGUGCAAACAGUCUUUCAUAUCAAGACAUGCAUUGGAGACUUUAUUAUGAGAGCUGAUGUCCGACCAUCAUGGCGAGUAACAGAUGAACCCCACCAACUAUGGAUAGCUGUGAGGAAGGAUGGUCAGGUCAUUGCUGCACACUGUGACUGUAUGGCAGGAUUAGGUGAAAGUUGUUCCCAUGUGGGGGCAUUGCUUUACAAGAUAGAGGCAGCCGUUAGACUUGGAUAUACAACAUCAGCAUGCACAGAUGAACCCUGUGUCUGGAAUGAGUGCUUUGUGAAGAAUGUUGAGCCUGCUCCCAUUGCUGAAAUUAACUUCUACAGUGCCACAGCAAAAGAAAAGCUGCGCAAAUCUACCCGUGAACAAAAAAGAACUACCACCCCCUUUCACUGCUGAGGAACAGAAAGCUUUUCUUGACUCAUUAAAACCAUUUGGUACUGAUGUUGUUUGCUGGAGCGCCUUUAGUGGUUAUUCUGAGUGCUUCGAGGGAUUGGGCCUCAGGACAGAAAAAAAAGCUAAGAUCCCCGCAUCUCUACGCAACUUAUACAACAACCAGAAUAAUGAGCUGUCACACAGUGACCUUUCUAUAAUGUGCAGCGACAUAGACAUUAGGAUAAAUGCUGAGGAAAUUGAAUUGGUGGAGAAAAACACACGAAACCAAGCAGGAUCUUCACUAUGGCAAGAAAUGAGAGCUGGAAGAAUCACAGCAUCUGUUGCAGGAGAUUUAAUGAAAACAACCAUUGAGAAAGCAGCUAAGUCCACCAUACAAAAAA